GGGGUGGCUGGCCUUCAAUUCCGGCAGCACUUAUGGAGUGAGCGGAGCAAAAUGGCAGUAUGCAGCGCGAGCUGCCGUUAUGACUAUGAUGGGUUCCUUCGGAGGAGGCUGCUUUGGAUUACUCUUCACACUAAUCAAAAACAAGGGUAAGGCUGAAGUUAUGGAACUCAUCAACAGUGUCCUUGGAUCGCUUGUUUCUAUAACUGCUGGAUGUUUCCUGUACCGGGCCUGGGAGUCGUUGCUGAUAGGGUUCAUAGGGGCUGCCAUAGCUUCAGGCACGUCUCCGCUGUUUGACAUGAUGGGGGUAGACGAUCCAGUUGGCGCGUCCGCUGUUCAUGGCGCCUGCGGUCUUUGGGGUGUUCUAGCAGUUGGACUUUUCGCCGAUAAUCCGAUUCCCAUGGAAACUACAAACGGUAGAUCUGGAUUAUUCAAGGGUGGCGGUUGGUACCUCCUUGGUGUGCAAUCCCUAACAGGCGUAUGCCUAGUGGCAUGGGGGAUUCUAGUGACCAUCACUCUGCUCUGGUGCAUAGACAAGAUCAUGCCAAUACGCAUGGAUCCCUACACUGAGCUAUUGGGAGCUGAUAUUACUGAGCACAGAAUUCGACAUGGACAGGUGGGAAUAUCUCGCGCGGUAUCAGCGCUGCGUCCGUACCACAGAUCAAACAGCAUCGAACAGAUGGCAACAGUCGGAAUGAACACCGGUCAUGGAUAUAUUGUCGACAAACUAAAUGAGGCGAAGAAAAAGAACGGCUUAUUCCAUGUGUUUAGCAACAAAGCAUACGUCAGCGAUCAAGAACCAACUUCUUCGUUCACAAACCAAGGCUUUUUGCACAAAAGACCUGGCAACACCGGAAACCACGCCCACAGCGCUCUAGACUCUAUGGUCCAUGAAAUUAAUGAUACCACACUAAUAAAUAAAGAGGUCAGUAAUGUAAUUCAUGUGAUACCAGAGGAAAUAAAGGGGAAAAGGUAUAAGGAUUUGUCGCCUAAAGAAUUGGCGGAAUUAGGUCGGAUAAGCGCCAGUCAGGACCGAUUUAGGUACAGAUUUCAUGAAGACGAUUAUAAGAAGGAUGUGCAAAGGAGUGCUACGUCUAACAUCCGAUGGUUAGACUAAACAUAUUAUUAAUAACAUAA